AUGAAAACAUCUGAAGACUUUCGUAAAAGGCUUGAAAAUGUUUUAAGAUCAGAAGGUUAUGCAAUUGAUCGACACCGUUAUCCCGAAGGAUAUCAAGAAGCACCAUUAGCAUAUGACGCGGUCUGGGCUGUAGCGUUGGCUUUUAAUAAAACUAUGAGUAUCCUGGAAAAACAGGGGAAAUCAAUUACCAGUUUUAACUACAAUAAUAAAGAAAUCGCUGACCAUAUUUAUUCAGCUAUUAAUUCAACUCAGUUUCUCGGGAUAUCAGGUUACGUAGCUUUUAGUUCGCAAGGUGAUCGUAUAGCAUUAACGCAGAUUGAACAAGUUAUUGAAGGAAAAUACGUUAAGCUUGGAUACUAUGACACACAGUCUGACAACUUAACAUGGUUCGAUAAAGAGAAAUGGAUAGGUGGUAAAGUUCCACAAGACAGAACUGUGAUUCGCCGUGUAUUGCGCACGUUAUCAAUACCAUUWCUGAUAUGUAUGUGGGUAAUUACAACCAUCGGGAUACUUGGAGCAGUUAGUCUUAUUAUAUUCAAUGUUCUCAAUCAUCAUAGAAGAGUUAUUGCUCAAUCGUAUCCAGCUUGCAAUACAAUUAUGUUGUCCGGMUGUGUAUUGAGCUUGAGCAGUAUUUAUUUAUUUGGCUUGGAUGGUCAGAUUAUAUCACCGGCGGUUUUUCCAAACAUAUGCCAAAUAAAAACUUGGGUGUUGUCAAUCGGAUUUACUUUGGGUUAUGGAGCUAUGUAUAGUAAGGUGUGGAGAGUGCACAGACUGCAUACGAGUCAAAAGAAAAACGCAAUCAGGAAAGCAUUGCAACCGUGGAAAAUGUAUUCAAUUGUGAUAUUUUUACUGGCUGUCGAUGUUGCGAUUCUUUUCUUAUGGCAAUGUAUGGAUCCGUUGAAGCGUGACAUACAAGUAUUUCCUAUGGAAAACCCUUUAAAUAGCAACGAUGACAUAAAAAUAAGACCAGAACUUGAGCAUUGCAAGAGUGAAAAUCACAAUUUUUGGCUAAGUUUAACAUUAAGUUACAAAGGGUUACUUUUACUCUUCGGACUUUUUGUCUCGUAUGAAACUAGAAGUGUCAAACUGAGACAGAUAAACGAUUCGCGGUACGUAGGAAUGUCAAUUUACAACGUGGUUGUUACAUGCUUAAUAACUACACCUGUAAUUAUGGUGACGGCAUCACAGCAAGACGCUAGUUUCGCUUUUGUGGCGUUAUCUGUUAUUUUCUGUUGCUUCCUUUCCAUGGCCCUGAUAUUCGUACCAAAAGUAAUCGAAGUGAUUCGGGAUCCCCAUGACAAACCGGAAUCUAAAUACAAUCCCGAUGCUGGAAUGUCAAAAGAAGACGAAGAUAAAUAUAAGAGACUUAUAGAUGAAAAUAAACAACUUGCUGCUAAAAUAAAAGAGAAAGAGGAGCGUUUAAAACAAUUAAAGUCUGACCUAUUCAGUCUAAGAGGCGAUACCGAUAAGACUGAACUAAAAUGGAACGAUGAGUCGCAGUUAACUGAACACUCGUUCUUAUCGCAGUCGGUAAAUAAAGAUACUUUAAUUGUAGCUGAUUUCAUAACUGGCGAAGGUACAUCGGACUCAGCAUUCAUUGCUGGUACAGCCACUUCUUAUUCUAGAGCUAGUGCUUCAGAUAUGGAAUUCUCUGAAUCUUAUUUGUGAAUUCUUAUACAAUGUAUUAACAAUAAUUUACCUGAAAACAAUCGACCAACAACCAAUUUAAUCAUUUUACUUCAUACAGGGUGACUAAAAAAGCUGUUUCUUCGAAAAAUAAUUUUUUAAGUCAAUAGAUAAAAGAUAUAAUAACUAUACAAUCAUCUAAGUCAAAGAAAUUGUACCGAAUAUACUAUAUAAUAAUAUAUGUAUGAAGUAGGUAU